GACAUAUUUGUUGUUACUGGAAGGCGAGGGUAGAGCGUGGUAAGGAGGAUCAGGUUUGAGCGAUUGAAUUCGAAAUUUUGAAGAAAAAACGAGGCUUUGUUUUCCUAGGUUUCAACGAUAAAAUAACUGAGGUGGGGUGAAGAGCGGUUAUGUCGGUGAAUAUGGACGAACUCAGGCAUCAAGUGAUGAUCAACCAGUUUGUUUUGACUGCUGGUUGUGCUGCUGAUCAAGCGAAGCAGCUUCUUCAAGCGGCUCACUGGCAAUUCGAGACAGCCUUAAGCUCCUUUUUCCAGGAGGCCAACAUCCCUAGUCACCACCACCAGAUGAUGUGCACUCCAAGGAACACCCCAGCCACGCCGCCUAACUUCCCCGACACCAUCACCAUGUUCUCCAAGCUGAGGGCGUCAGACUGCUCGGGGAGCUCCGGAGGCGGAGUUCCCACCCAGGUGUCCAUGGCCUGCUCUCCCCCCUCCUCCACAACUGGCUUCGGGUCCUUCUGGGCCUCAUCACCCCCCAACCACCAGCCCGUCUGGCUGCCCCCCUCCUCGCCCACAGGCCACCACAUGCACCACCACCACUACCAGCACCACCACCACAUGCACCAGACCCCCAUGUGGCCCCCUGUGUCCCAGCCCGGCAGCGCCCAGCAGACCCCUGUUGUAUCGGUCCUGCAUGGCCAGAGAUGAGACUCUACCCAGGUGUGGGAAGGAGGGGGCUGGGGAGGAUAGGGUGGGGCUGGGCUGGGCUAUGUGCAGCCUAAUGAAUCUACUAGGGGGGUUGGGUGUCAGGAUUAAAGGGUCUUGUUGGCCAAGGGGAAAAGACACGCUACUGUUUUUUUCCUUCCUUUCUUUCUGUUUUUCUAAAAUGACUAUGAACAAUGUCUUCUUUGGAGUACAUCGGUUUCCUCUCUCUCUCUCUUCAUCAUAACUCAUAAAAGCCUGGGAAGAACCGGGGGAGAACCACUAAUAACAAUAUGAGGAAGUGGAAUAACGAAGGGGGUGGAGUCUCUGACCCCCCAAAGGACUCUGGGAAAUGCAGUUUUCUUUGUCAAUGCAAGUCGAGCCCUGGACCCAGCAGAGCACUUACUUAGGAUAGGAGCCAUGUGAUCUGCUAAAGUGCUUGAUCAUUGGUUGUUUUUCAAAACUCUACUCUCCCUUGGGGUUCAAUAACGCUCCAGUGAUGUGACCAGAUUUCACAAUAACCAGCAGACAAAAACAAAAUGGGACUGCAACACAAAUGAUGAUGGUUUUGUGUUCUCGGCUGAUCUUAUGGCCCAGAAAAAAUAUUUUUCAAUAUUGUUUGUGGUAUGGAUAUCUGUAUUGUACAGAUCAUGGACAAACACUGUAGCCAUUUUGUCAAGUUUCAUGUAGCCAUGUAUCUCUUUUUAAAAUGUCUAUUUUGUAAGUACUAUGUAGCUUAGUGAAACUUGACUCAGUGGCUCCACUGCAUGCUGUUGUGUCUGAGAAGUGGGCUCUUCAGUAUGUGUGGACUCGAAGCUUUGGUUUAAAGUGUCUGAAAGCUGACCUUCACAUCAGAGGUGUUUUAAGGAGACGUGUAAAGAAAUGUUAAUACUGUAAUUCGGUUUGUGUUGAGAUACAGCAAAGUAUGCAAUCAUUUGAUGGAAGCCUGAAGCCAGUUUAAAGGCUGAUACAUUUUUAUCCUUGUUUUUGGGAACAUUUUCUACCUAUGGAUGUCAAAGGACUCCCGAGUGUCGCAGUGGUCUAAGGCACUGCAUCUCAGUUCUAGAGGCGUCACUACAGACCCUGAUUUGAUUCCAGGCUGUAUCACAACCGGCCGUGAUUGGGAGUCCCAUAGGGUGGCGCACAAUUGGCCCAGCAUCGUCCGGGUUAGGGUUUGGCCGGGGUAGGUCGUCAUUGUAAAUAAGAAUUUGUUCUUAACUGACUUGCCUAAUAAACCUUCUUUUGACUGAUAAUGUAAACUGGUUUUCAGUGACAAUUAUGGAAACAUCUUCUGAACUCCAUUGUAAAUAAAGGCUCAGCAGAAACAAAGUGCAAAAACGUUGAACUCUGUAACCUGGCUGGGGACGAGAUUGAGAUCUCAGUUAUGCUGUCAACACUGAAUUUAAUCUGGUUUGCAAAUGUUUUGACUAACAUAGAUGGGUGUGAGCCACCAGUAGGCUACCUCUUAGUAGAGGUUUCUAUGGGGAGUAGAGGCCAACUCAGUGAUUUACUACGCAAUCUCUAGCAGAAGAUCAACUGGUCCUACCUCUGGUUAAAUGGGAGAGGCCGAAUGUAUUCCCUGCAGAAACAGUCGGUUUCAAUGGGUCAGAUUAGCAGAACCUCUCCUAGUGCUCAAAACGUGUGUAAUUCCCUCCGUUAGAAUAGUGGCUGAUUGACUGAUGAUGAAUUGAGUGUCUUGUCAACUAGAAUUAUGAAUUUAGUACGGGUUGCAAAUAUUUACUAAAUGAUUGUUCAGGCAAUGUUUACAUAUGAGAUUCAGUGUACUGAUGAACAAUGCUUCAUAACCCAGAGUCUUACUUAUAGGUGAGCUCUUCAUACAACAGCCCAUGUCAGAACAUUUGCAAAUCUAUCAAUGGUAACAGAUGGAAAGGUAGCCAUUUUCACCAUCAUUCUCAUUAUAAUUGUCACAAUAAAGAGGGAAUGGGAGGUCUGAACAGGUUGCAGUUGUAUACAGAGGGUACUUUUUCUGAAAUAAUGUCACAUUCAUUCAUGCCCUCACUAAAUGAUGCUUUAAUAUUAUGCCUGCCUGCCACGUCUUCACUCAGACAAUCAUAUUCACACGAUCCCUCUGGUUGAAUACAUGUCAAAUCACAUUUGUCAAGCUUGUGACCUUUUGUGAGGAUGAUUUUAUAAUGUACAAUAUGGACAGUCGUGUAGCGUUAGACAGAUGCCACCUGGCCAAUGUGGACCCUUGUCAAUGUCACCAGAAAGAAGGGACACUGCUCCACUGUGCUGCCAUGUGGUCUGUUCUGGUUCUAAAUCCAUGGAUCUUUUCAGAUGGACAUUAGAAACUCAACGGUGGUUCCUCUUGGGGUGUUCAUAGCGCCGCCUCAUUCAUUAACUCAUGUGUUCUAUUAAGGGGAACGUUUGUUGUCAACUGCAUGAGUUUUGGUUGGUGAUUUUCUAGUUUGUGUUUUUAACAAGGUGGGAGUGGAGGAUGGUCCCAUAAUGAGUGUUUCCUGCUGUGUGGAUUACUGGUUCCUCCUCCUCAGUAUUGUUGUGGUAACUAACACACCCAGACACAGUAGUGUUGGGUGAUUAUGGUUCCUGUGGUGAUGUGACCCGGUCUCCAUUCUCCCUUAUUAUCCUUGAUCAACAGUAGACAGUUUGGUCCCCCAUGAUAUCUGUACAAACUGGGUGUUAUGAAAUGUUCGAUCGUCAUGUUCACCCAUACAAGAUGUGCAGAAUGCCUGAUGGGAAUCCGAAAACAAGUCAAACAACAAGAACUUCUCAUGGAGCCUCAUUUACAUCUCUCUAAUCCAACUUUUUAUAUAGAUAUUUCUCUCCUGUACUGUGUUUAUUUCCCCUGUUGAAAUGUGUAUUUAUAUGUUUAAUAAAAUAAGGUAUGAUCUGCUAA